AUGCCCUUUUCGAUACCAGGUGAUGAUCCGUUUCUGUGCACAAGGCCCCCGACAAUCAUACCCUUUCCUCCUCGUUCGUCCAGUACUCCCACGACUGCACAGCAGACGCCAUCUCAACAUGCAGCGACCACAACCCCGGAGUAUCCUCCGGCGGUAUCACCCGUGCACCGCCCAAAUAUAGGAAGAACCGAACCUCUAUUUGCGUCCCAAAGGCUAUCAACACCCAUGUCCGCCAGCAACCCCGCAACCAUAGAGUAUCCUCCUAUAGGCUCAACCGUGCGGGAUUCAGUUUCAGAAAGACCUGCCUCGACAACCACUUCCAUCCCCCCUCGUCCGUCCAGUAGCUCCGCAUCUACACAGCCUACAACUUCUCACUCGCCACCAGAAACUCAAAGCCAUACCACCAGGGGGGAGGAAGCUUGUUGUCUGCGAUGCGCCAAAUCCGUCUACAACGAGGACUCUCAUUGUAGACCUCAUCCGGCAGAGAGGGAAAGCAGGUGUUUUAGAUGCGUCGCUGCGAAAACUGCAUGUAAACCCAUCCCAGCUGAGCAUCUCCCUGGCUUCCGCGCGGUACUCCAACUAUUUCGAGAAGGUAAGAUGCAUGCUGCAUUUGUGGCCCAUGAUGCCUUGAUUGAAUCUCUGGCGGCGACGACUCCUUUGACUCGUAUUGAGCGGCAGUUGUUUCUACUCAAUCGGAACGUGGAGCGAUUGUUGAAUUGGCACUUGAACGCGUAUGGUCUACCUUCAACGCGGCUUAUUGAGGAGGAGUUUCCAGAGGACUAG